UAAAAUGUCAGUAUCUAAAAGGUAGACUCUGCGACGUGUCGCUCAACGUUUCAUGUAAUUACAAUUUCAUGCAACGUUAUUAUUUUAUGUUAUUUAAAAAAUUGCCAUAACAGACAUCACGACAUAUCUUCAUUGAGCCAAACAUACAGACUGAUUAGUGGGGGUCCAGACCCGGUCGUAUCACGGACCAAAGUGAGACUGAGAAGAACGCUCUCGCACGCUACAGUUAGCUCAGCGAAAAUCUUCAAGGACCGCGCGAAUGCGACGUCUCGUAAUUUUUGUAUGACGAAAGGAUGCAGUCAAGACGAUCUCAAUGAAAGUGGCAGAAAAUCAAGCAACCAUGGUAAAAGCAUACAAUGGCGCAUUGAUCCUUGCGGACGUUUUGCUACUUAUUUUGAAGCUUCUAUAUUACAUUUGCGAGAGCGUGUACAAAUUUUUUGUUCCCGCAGAAGAAAAAAGCGUGGCCGGUGAGAUCGUUCUGAUAACAGGCACUGGCCAUGGUAUUGGAAAAGAGUUAGCCCUUCGCUAUGCAUCGCUGGGCGCAACGGUGGUUUGCUGGGAUGUGAACCAAGAAACAAACGAAGAGACGGUGAAUGAGAUAAAGAAAACUGGAACAGCCGCAGCAUACGCGUAUCAAUGCGACGUGUCGAAGAGAGAGAACGUCUUCAGCGUAGCCGAAAGGGUCAAGAGGGAAGUCGGUGACGUCACUAUUUUGGUUAACAAUGCUGGUAUAAUGCCCUGCCACGCAUUCCUCGAUCAUACGGUUGACGAAAUUAGACGGAUCUUUGACAUAAACGUGCUGGCCCACUUCUGGAUGCUGCAAGCAUUUCUACCAAGCAUGAUCGAAAAGAAUCAUGGCCACGUAGUUGCGCUCUCGUCGUUAGCUGGAAUCGGUGGCCUUCCAAAUUUAGUUCCCUACUGCGCUUCGAAAUUUGCAGUUAGAGGGCUUAUGGAAUCGAUCAGCGAGGAACUACGGACAGCCAGCAAAGGAAAAUCUCUAGUCAAAUUCACUACCAUUUAUCCGUACAUGGUAGACACUGGACUUUGCAAGAAGCCGAAAGUAAGGUUCCCGGAUGCCAUGCCGUUGGUUAAACCGGGAUACGCAGUCUCAGAAAUAAUUAAGGCACAGAGGCGCAACUACCGCGAGAGAAGUGUGCCUUCAGCCUGGUUGUCAGUCAACAACAUAACAAGACUUUUUCCCGACAAUGCAAUACAUUCCUUAAUCGACUUUUGCGACACCGGUGUUGAGGCAGACAGUUAACAACUCUGCAAAAAACAUCUCUGAUUAAUCCAAAAUAAAUAUGUGAAUACAAUUUUUUUAUAUGAUUGUCCAGCGCGUAUGCUAUUAUUAUUUAUGCUGUUAUUAAGACGUAAAUAAACACCAGAUUCGCCGACUUAAUUAUAAGUUAAAAAUAAUGCAUAUUUCUCGAAAACUUCGGAGGUUGCAUUCGGCUACUCUAAAUAUAAAAAUAAUUAUCUAUUAAUUAAUCCUAAUCUAUCGUCGCCAAGAACCAGUGCAUGUGUGUAAACGCGCAAGCGUAAGUGUUUUAUAUUAAUGCGAUAAGUAUGAUAUGACGUAAAUAGCAAAUAAAUCUUUUGUACUAUACUAAAAAAAGUCAUUGUAUGUAAACGCCACAUUGUUUCUAAUGGCAUCGGCACAAUUAUUAUAUGUAUGGAAAUCAGUUGUGCGAACAAUAAUGUUUUGUUCUGCUUAAAUGAUUAACAAGAUUGGCACAAUGUAUUUAUAGCGAUAAAACCGCGCUGUUGUUAUAUACAUAUUAUAUGUCAGAUAUUGUUAUUUAAUAUAUUAUUGAUAUUUGCGUUAUUAUUUGAUUAUGCGGUAAUAGCAUAAGAUGUGCAUAAUGGUCGUUUAAUAAUAUAAUCUUUAUACAUGUAUAAUUACUUAAAAUUAUAUAAAUAACAUAUACGAUACGCAUUUCACGCAAUUUGUUUAUAAAAUAAGUAUGUGAGAAAACAAUUGGUAUCCUAUAUUAAUUUAAUUUAGAGCACAUAAAAAGAGGCGAAAAAGAAGUUAGAGGAUUGUGGAUAUUAGUUAGAUGCAUGCGCAAUGCUCAUGUAAAGAAAUUCAUUUGACGAAAGUUGUAAUUUUAAUAUAACAAGAGUAUUGAUUGUACAUGGUUUGUCCCAAAAGUAAUGAGACUAUUUUUGGGGGUCUAAUUAGAAUUGUCAAGGAGUGGAUCCAUUGGACAGGGCUUUUGCAGGAUAUUAAGUAUAAAAUCUGACCCUUAGUUGCCUCCGAGCCUAGCUAGCAGUCGAUACCGUCAGCAAAACGCGUUGUAAUUUUUGUGUCUUGUCACGGAAAUUCAGCACAGACUACGCUGUAUUUGGAGUAGCGAUCAAAUUCUGAAGACAAAGCAGCACCCUAUAAGCUGUUCUCAAUAUCUCCAACGUUUCGGAACUAGAUUUUCUCAGUUUCACGCAGAAUUUGAUCGCUGCUCGAGAUUGCUGAAUUUUCGACCGUGACAAGACACAAAAAUUACAACACACUUUUGGUGACGGUACUCAACUGCUAGGAAGAUUCGGUGGCAACUGGAAAGAGUCGGAAUUAUACCUGAUAUCCUGCAUCAAAGGCCCCAAUGGAUCCACCCUCCGACAAUUCUGAUGUCAAAAAUAGUCUCAUUACUUUUGGGACAGACCAUGUAUGUAUAAUAUAAAUGUUACAUCGAGAUUCGAAUUUAUGAACACAUUUGUGUUGUUUGUUGAGUUUUUGUUAAAUAAAUUAAUUUUUACACAUUAA